GUAGCCUUGGUGGUCUGCGGCGGGCGAGGGAGCGAGGCGGCGACCAUGGCCUACUUUCCAGUCACCAACGUGACGGCCGAGCUGAACGCGCUGGCAGCGGCGUACCCGCAGCUGGUCCAUGCACACCCGGUCGGCUUGUCGACACAUGGCAAGGACAUUACGGCGGUGGCGAUCUCGGCCAUCUCGCCGUCGACGCCGCCUUUGCUGCAGGCAGUGCCGAUUGUGAGGAUUGUGGCGGGCAUGCGCGGCGACACGGCGGCGGUCGAGGCAGCGCUGGCGCUGGCGUUUGCCAGGUACCUGGCCGAGGCGUACUCCGCUGACGAUAACCAGGUCACGAUGCUCCUCGAUGCCGCAGUGGUGGUGGUUGUCCCGGUGGCCAAUCCUGACGGAGCUGCGCUCGGUGUGGCCGACAACGGCGACGGCGUGCUCCUCGAGCGCAACUUUCCGAUCCGCAACGUGCCGGGCGCAGACACGCCAGCGGGCCGCGCACUCGAGACGCAGGCGAUCAUGGCCUGGGCCCGCAGCAUGUACGCGACGCUCUCAAUCAAUCUCCGGGCCGGGGCCGGUGUCGAGGUAGUCGCCUAUCCGUGGCACUCGUCGAUCGACGGCUCGGUCCGGGCCGCGCCGGCGGUGGGCGAGGGCAUUCUGACCUCGCUGGCGCUUUCUUAUGCUUCGCGAGUUCCUGGCGAACGGUCCGAUCUCUUCCCCACAGGCAUUGUCAAUGCGGCGGCGGUGGCAUCGCUUGCAGGCUCGGGCUCGAUGGAGGACUGGGCGCUCCAGUUUCUGGGCGAGCCUCCGCUGUCGGUUCACUUUGCGCCCGAUGUUGCGCCCAGUGCCGCGACGCUCGCCACGCUGUGGGGCAACAACGCGCCGGCGCUUCUCAUGACGGCGCGGCGGGUACUGACCGCUGCGCGUGGCCGGGUGGCGGCUCCCGACGACACGUUUGUAGCCGAUGCGGUGUGUGAGGUGGUGACACUUGGGUCGGGCCUCCACGUCCGGGUCAACCACAACACCGGGCGGUGGUGGAUCCCGCUCCCAGCCGGCCGGCACGACAUCACGUGCAGUGCACCCGGACGGGUCUCGAUCACCCACACCCAUGUGGUCGACGACACCGACUCGGGCGGGCCGGUGACGGAGGCCGAGCUUGUCGAGUACCGGUUGCCGAGCUCUGCUGAGGCGCCGGCGCCGGUCCCGACAUACGGCGCGCCGGGCUCGCGAGUCCAGCUCAACGCCAUUCUCGUGAUUCUGCUCGCUGUGCAAAUUGUGGUGGCGUGCGCCGGGGUGGUGUUCUGGGCGGUGAUGCGGAAAGUUCAUUGAAAGGUCUCGCUUAGGCUAAGCAUCGACAGGCGUGGGCGCGGCGGCUUCGUCCUUGACGGUGGCGUAGCCGGCCGGGUUGGACGUCCACCACCGCCAGGAGUCUGCACAC